AUGCAGUCCGGCGCGAUGUACGAAUUUCUCUUCUCGUACAAGUCUACACAAACGCUCCCAGGGAUUCCGACGUCUGGCGUGCCACGAAACUGGCGCGGACCUCUCGGCGCGCAAGAAUGGGCCGUGCGCCGUACGGAUCGGAAUCAGUGGGAAGAUGGGCUCGUGUUCCUCUGUACGUCUCCUGUUACUACCUUUUGGCGCAUGGCCGGCAUGUCGUAUUUGCAGUACGUCAACAAGGCCGCCACUUCUAUGCGUGGAGCCCUCAAGGAACCCGCACAACGAAAAGCCAUGGAGCAAGAAGCCUUUGCGUAUAAGGUCAGUACCUGGCAAGAUGGCAAGCAAAGUCCCAAGGUGCCGGUGGAUGUGCUGGCUCAAUCCGGCGCGACGUCGUAA